AUGUGGUAUCGGAAUGACGGGCGGUUCUACUCCGCGUCUAGUUCCUCAUCUAAUUCGGCGGGUGGCAUCCCCUUGACCAACCUCAGCACCGCCCCGCUACCGCCAGCCUCCUCCACGUCCACCACAAGCGCGUCAGUAAAUUACCAAACAUUAUUUUGGUCGCAAUCGAGCCAAAUACAACAAGACACGGGCCCCCAGAACCUAAAAUACAAUAGGAUGGCCACUCUCGCAACAUAUACACAACCAAGGUCACUUCAAGUAUUGAUAUCUGCUUUAGUACAUGUUAAAAUAAGGCGUGUGCCUGAGGACUUCUAG